AUAAAAUAUCACGGUUUAAAGAUUUACGAACUACACAUACCAACCAUCAUCUCUGCUAACUCACCCAAAGCAGAGUCGAGUAUAUCGUCAAAAUGGUUAGGUAAGUUAUUGAUCAAUUUCUCUUUUUGAUACACUACGAAGAUCAGAAUGCGAGGAUCUCUUUUAUCAUUUGCAUCUGCUGUUGCUGCUGCCCGAUCGAAACUAUCAGAGUCGUUCCCAAGAUGGCCUUUGACAGCUUGAAAUCUGGCCGAAUCGAGACGUGCUAUUUCUGCAGUAGGCCUGCCUACCCCAGCAAGGGAAUAACCUUCUGCCGCAACGAUGCCAAACAGUUCCGCUUCUGCCGCUCCAAGUGCCACAAGAACUUCGUCAUGAAGCGCAACCCGCGCAAGCUGAAGUGGACGAAAGCCUUCCGCAAGGCGGCCGGCAAGGAGAUGACGGUGGACAGCACGCUGCAGUUCGCGGCGCGGCGCAACGUGCCGAUCCGGUACAACCGCGACCUCGUGGCCAAGACGCUCAAGGCCAUGGACCGCGUGUCGGAGAUCCGCUCGAAGCGCGAGCGCGUCUUCGCCAAGCGCCGCCUCGCCGGCAAGCGCGCCCAGGACCUCGCCACCGACAAGAAGCUCGUCCAGACCCACUCCCACCUGCUGCCCCGCAUGCGCGGCAGCGAGAAGCGCCGCCUCGCCGAGGAGCAGGGGCUCACGGCCGAGGAGAUCGAGGAGCUCGAGAACGCCGCCGUCGUCGCCACUAAGAAGACCACGACCGUCUUUGGCAAGGAGAAGAUCCGCCAGCGCGUCCGUGUCGACGGCGGCGUCGAGUUCAUGGGCGAGACGGCGGAGGGCGAGGGUAUGGAUGUCGAUUCCGAGUAA